AAAGCAACUCAUCUGCAGAGAACCAACAGAAACUACAAUUCGCGAUCGAGGAGGAGCUAAGGGAGACGCGAGAGAAAGAAGAUGGCGAUGGCCGUGAGCAAGCAAUGGACGCGGGUGCGCACGCUCGGCCGCGGCGCGUCGGGGGCGGAGGUGUUCCUGGCGGCGGACGACACGUCGGGCGAGCUGUUCGCGGUCAAGUCGGCGUGCGCGUCCGGCGCCGCGGCCCUCAGGAGGGAGCAGGCGGUGAUGGCCGGCUUGCGCUCCUCGCGCGUCGUCUCCUGCAUCGGCGGCCGCGCCGGACGCGACGGGUCGUACCAAGUCUUCCUUGAAUUUGCCCCCGGCGGCUCGCUCGCCGACGAGGUGGCCAAGAGCGGUGGCCUCGAUGAACCCGCCGUCCGGGCAUACGCCGCGGACGUGGCAGCCGGGCUCGUGUACCUCCACGGGGAGUCCAUGGUGCACGGUGACGUCAAGUCGAGGAACGUCGUGAUCGGCGCUGAUGGUCGCGCAAAGCUCGCGGAUUUCGGCUGCACGAGGAAGCUGUGCUCCGGCGGGAAGAUCAUCGGCGGCACGCCCGCGUUCAUGGCGCCGGAGGUUGCGCGUGGGGAGGAGCAGGGCCCAGCGGCCGACAUAUGGGCGCUCGGCUGCACGGUCGUCCAGAUGGCCACCGGCCGCGCCCCGUGGAGCGGCAUGGUUGGCGACGCGAUCGCCGUGAUGCACCGCAUCGCGUACACGGAUGCAGUUCCCGAGGUGCCGCAAUGGCUAUCUGCGGAGGCGAAGGACUUCCUGGGCAUGUGCUUGGUCAGGAAGGCCAGCGACCGGUGCACGGCGGCGCAGCUGCUGGAGCACCCGUUCUUGGCAUCCGCUGUCCCUGACGCCAAGCUGGAAACCGUGGAGGGCAAAUGGGUGUCGCCGAAGAGUACCCUGGACGCGGCAUUGUGGGAGUCGGACUCUGACAGCGACGAGGCCGAUGACGACGAUCUGUCGGACAACACGGCUGAGAGGAUCAUGGCAUUGGCCUGCCCCGCCGCGGCGCUCCCGGACUGGGACUCGGAGGAUGGCUGGAUCGACGUGCUCUCCGCAGCAUCAACCCAAACACAAGACGCGGUUGCCGUGCCGGCCGUGGAGACGGCUGCUGACCUGCACAGCACGAUCAGCCGCGAAGAAGCAAGCGGCGCAGAGACCGUCGUCCCCUGUAUCUCUGCUCAUAGUCAUAGGCAUAAGUCUCUGGAAGAAUUAGAUUGCCAAGAAUUACUAUGUAAACCAAUAUUCUGCAGCAAAAGCAGUGCAAUUGAUGUCGUUUCUGUGCACAAAACACUCUGCUCCGUACUGCACCUCUGUUUCUCUACUCAUAUUGCUUCCUCUACCCUGCAUUGCGACACGUUCGAUAAGUAAAUUCAGUGGAAAAAACGACAGGUUCGUUCAGGUAAUAACCACGGUAAGUCGGUAACGCCACGUCGCGUGGUCGUGACUGUGAUGG